GCCGCCCCGGCCGCUGGUUGGCCGAGGCUGCGCGCUAUGCUAAUGAGCCGGCCUCCCCGCACCUGCCGGCCGUCCCGAGUCCAGUCCGGCCCCGCCGCCGCACCAUGCCGCGCUCCUUCCUGGUGAAGACGCAGCCCGGCCACCGGGCACCCGACUACGGGCGGCUGGAGACGCGCAGAGAAGGCAAUGGCAGCUGCUCCCCCAACAAAGAGGCCCCGUCCACGCCCAGCGACCUGCCCCGGCCCUGGGGCCGCACCUCAGCAGUCACCUGCAUCUCCCUGCCCCUCCCGCCUCGUCAAGAGGAAGCUUUGGGGUUUCCCGGGCCAGAUGCCCCGGAGAUUGGCCUGGGAGGCCCUUGGGCCGCCCGGGUCCCCAGUUUCCCCCUCAGAGACAGCCUGAAUCACCUCAACCUGCCCCCACUGCUGCUGCUGCCCACGCGCUGGCCCCUGGUCCUGCACCCCCAUGCCUAUGGGGCUCCAGACAAACUGCUCGGGGCCAUGGGGGCCCCUCGAGCCCCAGGAGGCUUCGAGUGCGUCCACUGCCACAAGGCCUACCACACGCCAGCCGGGCUGGCCCGGCACCAGCAGCUGCAGUGCCACCUGCAGGCCGGGCGCGUCUUCACCUGCAAGCACUGCGACAAGGAAUACGGCAGCCUGGGAGCCCUCAAGAUGCACAUCCGCACCCACACGCUGCCCUGCGUAUGCACCGUGUGUGGCAAGGCCUUCUCCAGGCCCUGGCUGCUGCAGGGCCACAUCCGGACCCACACAGGUGAGAAGCCCUACGCCUGCCCUCACUGCAGCAGGGCCUUCGCCGACCGCUCUAACCUCCGGGCACACCAGCAGACACACUCAGGAACCAAGAAGUACCCAUGCAAGGGCUGCGGAAAGACCUUCUCCCGUAUGUCCCUCCUAGCACGACACGAGGAAGCAGGCUGCUGCCUGGCCCCUGAGGGUCCCCCCUGCCCCGAGAGCUGAGGGCCGGCUGGCCUUGGGCAGCCCCUUCAGCUGGGGUCCAGGAGGACAGAGGCCUGGCCUCCCCUGCCACAGGCCUUGGUCCCCUGGGUCCCACCCAUUGUCCUGGAGCUUGCUAGUGGCCAGCUAGGUGCUUUUGCUGGAAGGACUCAGCAAGGACAGUGGAGGGAACAUGGUGCCCGUGAGGGUCCGGGUCCGGUGGAGGACUGGGCUGGGAGUGGGGCUGGGGACAGCGGGGUGGCUGCACGUGGCUGAGUGGCAUCACAGGCAGAGCAGUGUCCCCAGCUCUGACUGGCUCAACUUGACCUGGAGGGGACAACCAGACCCGAGCAAGGACCGUGACACCUUCGCCAAGAGGAUAGUGGGUGGGGGGCCCAGGAGACACUUGUCCUGCUGUCAUCAGCUCCACCUGUGCCCCACCCAGGACUAUGACCUGAGCACCUCUGGCGGCCUCCCUCUCACCCAGAGGUGCCCGGGCUGCCAACCUCCUGUGUGAGAGCAUUCUGUAACAUUCUGCAAGGUCUGCCGGAACCACACACACAUGGCACCUUCUCCUCAUGGCUCAUCCUUCAGCUGCUCCAGGCCAAACCUGGCAGGAGCCCUGGCUGGUGUUACCACCUGCAGUUUCAGCCCCAUGGAUGCUGGCCAGGCCCAGAGAGGCACUGAGCCUUGAGGAUCCUGCAGCAAACCAGGCCUUGAUGCCACGGGGUGCCCUGGGCCAAGGUGACCCUGGGAGCUGAGCUGCAGCCCAGCCUGACGGUGCCUGAGGAAGCCAGGGUCUGUGCACCAUGGGCGGGGCCAGGGCCAAAGUUUUGAGGCAAAUGUCCCCCCGAGGUGGUCUUCCGAGCCUGGGGGCACUGGCUGUCCCUGGUCUCCUUGUCCCCCAUUCUCUCUUCCUGCAAGGUCACCAGGCCGAGGGUUGCGGACCCACACUGUGGGACACAGGAUCGCCAUAACUGCUGCUCCCAAGGUCAACUUACUGGAGACCCCUCCCUCCCAGGCUCCUCUCCACUUCCUGCCAGGGCAAAGGCAGGGACUGCAGCACCUGGGCUGGACAGGGACAGUGGUCGUGUCCCGAAGGGCCUGGCAUUGAAGCAGGUGGCUGCCCAGGGCAGGACCCCCGUGGCCAGGCGGGACCCAUGCCAUGGCUGGGGAUGGGAGGCUCCCCUGGAGUCGCACCCAGGUGCCUAAAGGAAGCUGUGCUGGGGGUCUCAUCUAUUUCUGGGGCCCCCCAUCUAAAUGGGGCCGCUGCACCUGUUGGUAUGAAGGAAGGGAAUUUCACAGGCCCAAAAUAAAGCCGAAUGUUUCCCUGCAGGA